AUGGUGUCGAUGGCGCGUCCGCUGCUCGCCGACCCAGAUUUCGUCAACAAGGCGCGAGAUGGCACGAGAUCGCACGAGGCGCCGCUCAACCUGGCGGUGGUCGGCGCCGGUCCGGCUGGCCUCGCUUGCGCCACGGUGGCCGCAGAGCGUGGCCACAAGGUCACGCUCUUUGACCGCUCGCCGUCCAUCGGCGGCCAGUUCAACCUCGCCAAGCAGGUGCCCGGCAAGGAGGAGUUCUACGAGACCCUGCGGUACUUUACGCACAAGCUGGCCGCCCUCCCUACCAUCUCGCUGCAGCUGGCGACGGAGGCGGACGCAUCGACGCUCGCGGGCUACGACCGGGUCGUCCUCGCGACGGGCGUCGUCCCCCGCUCGCUCUCGCUCCCCGGAUGGGAUCACCCAAAGGUGGCGCCGUAUGUCGACGUGCUGCAGCGGCGGGCCGCCGUCGGCGAGCGCGUUGCCAUCGUCGGCGCCGGAGGCAUCGGGUUCGACGUUGCAGAGUUUCUGAUGCACCGGGCAGACGAGGCGGCGGCGGCGGCGGCCGACGCGCUGACCGCGCCGUCGCUGCCGCAGACGGAGCAGUUCCUCGCUGAGUGGGGCAUCGACCCCGAUGCAAUGGCGACGCGCGGCGGGCUGCUUGAGGCGGUAGCAGGAGGCGGCGGCGGAGGCGGCGGCAGUGGCG